GUUGAAAACUUAUCAGUCUUAAUGAAUGGGUUGAAAGGACAGUUCUAAGAAGAGGCAAGAAGCUGCCACUAUAUCUGUCAUUAUUUAUUUAUUUUGUCAGGGAAAUUAUGUGUUUUUUUUAUUAGCCUUAGGGAAAAGUAAGGGAAAAGUCAGAGAGUUUUUGAAAAAGAAUGAUGCUUGUGGCAAACCAUGCUGACUACUUGUCCUUGUUUUAGGCCGUUCUUUGCUACUGGGUAACAUCCAACAUUUUUACAAUUGGACAAAUGGCUGCUUUAAAGCAUCCUGCAGUGAGGAAAAAGUUGGGAAUCCCUGACAUGAAAACGUUUGAAAACCUGCCAAGUGGAGGUUUUUUGGAAAACAUGAAAGCUGCCUAUAAGAGUUCGGAAGAGGCUACCUAUAUCAAGCAUGCAGAGAAGAUGAAGAGACAGAGAAUGAUGGCUCUGGGAGAGGCCCCUCUGGAGGCAACAUACGACCAGAAUCCCAGAAUCCAGCAGAACCAGGAAAUCUUUAGCUUGCCAGACCGCAGUGAAAGGAGAAACGGACGUGGAAGACGGAAGGAGCAGGCACAAAGAGGGCGCAAUGAACCCAAGGUUAAAUUCAACCAGGAGUUUUUUAGCGCGAAGGCGCACCAGAAAGCAAAGAGUAGAAAAAGCUGAAAAAUGCCCCUGGGGCUCCCUUGUGAGCACAAUAAAUGAGCUCCGUGUUUGUAAUUGAUUGGUGAACAGUUAAAUUACGAGACAUUGUACAGUAAUCGAACACUGGUUUUAAAAAAAAGACCUCUUUUUUUUAUAUCAGCUGGAUGUAUCUCUGUGGUCAUGACUUGUGCAUGAAUUGUAAAUGCCAUUGUAUUUCAAUC